ACUUGACAAAUCUCCCUUUAAGGUACAUUUUGAACAGAUAAAAGAAGUGUGAUUCGUUUUCGAUUAAAUAUUUGAAUCGAUUGACAGCCCUAAUUGCAAGAUAUUGAAUUAUAACCUCUGUAUCUUGAUACGUAUCGUAUCACCAGAUUCUUGCCAACACACAGCCCUAGUGCAAACUGUCUUUUAAUAUCAUAAUGACUCAUCAUCAUAAUGACUCAUCACUUUUGAAGCUGGCUGAUUAGCACUCCCUGUAUUUGGACUAAAGCCAAACACAACCAUAACUUCCUUAAGGGGAAAAUCCCAACAAAUAGCAGCAGUUAAUCCGGGGAGUGGUGCCGUGUACGUUAAAUCUUUCAGUUCUACACUUCCUCCUGCAGAUGUUGCAGUGGUGGCGUACAGACCAACAACUCUUUAACAAUUAACUGUCAACCAGGAAGCCAGGUGUGGGACGUUCUGUGCAGCAGCAGUUCCUCAUUUCUGAUCUUGCGGUGACAAGGAGACAGGCGUGGACAGGUGUGUGUGGGCGAAGGACAAACGUUUCAGAUCCAAGUGGAGUUAAUAAAUGAUGUUGGAUCCCAGAAGGAACGACACCAGAGGAGGCCAGAUCGUACCAAUGGAGAGCAGCUUCAACCAGGACGAUAGAGGGUUUCUUACCACUGAUCCCAGACCACCAGAAUACGUUGAAACUGUGCACAAGAAGACUGUGAAAGAGCUGCUGAUGAUGAAACGUCAGAAACGGAGCUGCUUGCAGGAGGACAACACCAUGGAGCAUCAAUUUAAAUUUGCAAAAUCUGAAGCUUUUCCCAGCGACCUGAGUCCUUGCAUGUUUGGCCCUCCGGGACAUUUCCUCACUGCUCCUCAUGAAAACGGUCACAUCAUCCCACGACAGCUGCAGCCUCCAGCUCUGCAGGAAGCUCCGGCCGCUGAAGUGACUUUAUUUCACUGGCAAAUACAGCGAGAGACACUGAGGGUUGGAGGACUUUCUCCUGAGCUGCUGAGCAUGCAAGAUGCAGAUGGUGACACGUUCCUUCACAUAGCUGUGGCUCAAGGUAGACGAGCUCUGGCUUAUGUGCUUGCCACAAAAAUGGCUCGAUGUGGCUCUCUGGACGUGAAAGAACACAAUGGACAGACGGCUCUCCAGAUAGCAGCUGCCUCCAAUCAGCAGCUCAUAGUCCACGACCUGCUGACGCACGGAGCACAGAUCAACACUCGGGACCUCUGGGGUCGAUCUCCUCUGCAUCUGUGUGCUGAGAAAGGACAUUUUCUCAGUCUGCAGAGCAUCUGGAGGACCCUGAUGGGGAGCGGGCAGCCGAUUGAUAUUGAGAUGUUCAAUUAUGAUGGUUUAACUGCACUGCAUGCAGCAGUCCUGUCUCACAACGCCGCUGUUAAAGAGCUGAGGAGUCUGGGAAACCUCUGUUCAUAUGUGGCGAAGGAGCUGCUGCAGAAGAGACAGAUGUAUGUGGAGUGUAUUAAGACUCUGCUGCUCAUGGGCGCCUCCUGUGGGACCAAGGAUCUGAAAAGUGGACGGACGUGUCUCCACAUGGCUUCUGAGGAGGCGAAUGUGGAGCUGUUUAACAUUUUCCUCAACCAGCCGUCUUCACUGUCGGUUGUAAAUGUUAAGACAUUCAGUGGAAACACAGCCCUCCACCUCGUCAGCUCUUUGCAAAAUCAUAAAACUCAGGUGGAAGCGACGAAGCUGCUGAUGAGAAAGGGCGCCGACCCCGGGUUCAGGAACUUUGAGAACGAGCUGCCGUCUCAAAUGGUGCCUGAAGGGCCCACUGGUGAAAAGGUGCUUCAGAUCCUGAAGGGGAAACAUGUUCAUGCUUAAGUGAAGCUCAGAAAACACUGUCAGUCAGACAGUCCGAUCUAUCUUAUUAUUAUUUGCCAAAACGAGGCAGAUGCUGGUUGUUUCUGUGAAACAUCCCAAAUUGUUCACUACCAUGUAGUGGAUAAAAGGAGAGAGGGAAGAUUUGUAUUUUUGUGUUUAUUAACUUUUAUUGUUUUAGGCAUUAAGCGGAUUCUUUUAAGAUUAUCAUACAGGGAACAUGAUGAUGAUUUAUGAUUAUAAAAGUUUUUUCAUAGUUUUGGAGGAUUCAAUCGUGGGUUUUUCUUUAUUCUAAUAGACUAGUUUGAAGAGAUUUCACUGUUAUAACUUUUGCAUAUUUUUGGUUUAUUUGAAAGUAGAAAUGUUAUGCAUUUAUAGUUGGAAAUACAUUAACAGCUAACAUGUUGUAGGUUAUUUUAAAAUCAUUAUAUUUUGGUGUCUAUAAAUUCAUGCAACUGUAUAAAAGUGUGCAUGCAUUUUCUCAAAGGUUUAAUAUUAUAGUUCAUGUAGAAAACGUAGGUGUUCAAACUAGAGCUGCAACGAUUAAUCGAUUAGUUUUGCAGCCCUAGUUCAAACACUACUGUACUAUAUUUUAAUUGUGAAAAGGUUCUCAUGUGAUGUAUCAUUAAAAUGUCUUAGUGAAAUUGUCUGAAGAGAUUUAAAUAUUCCAUAUUUUGUGUACAUUUUCAUUGAUUUUUGUUUGAAAUGUUAUGCAACAUGUCAUAUUUUUAAGUACUUUGUCUUUUUGUGGUGUAUAAAAAGUCAAAAUAAUAUUGAUUACAGAAAAGCAUUUGACAUUUUAUUGUGAAAUAUAUUUUGUGCGGACACUUUUAGGGUGACUUGCAUCUAAAAAAAA